GUAUUUUCUGAAGAUGGUCACCCUUCAUACCCAAGCUCCCGGAUGUCAUCCAGUUUAAGACCCAGGGAACAGAAAACAUUUAAAAACUAAGGAUGGUACUGCCUGAACUUGUACAGCAAAAAUACACUCUGUUUGAGGUUUUACUAUUGUGCUCUGAACAAAACCAUGGUGUAUAUACCUGCCUUCCAGUGGAGUUAAUUUCUCCAUCCCACAGAUGGUAAUAACGUUCACUCAUCACCUGGCUUUCCCCAUCCUUGGGGGUAUUUAGGAUGCUUCUUAUCCCUUCUCUGUUCUGGUGGGAUCCACUUCCCACUGCUUUCAAGCAGAGUUGUUUGUUCUACCAAAGACAGAAGACCCUGCCUUGUUCACCUGGACUCCGUUAUGGAUUGUUCCCUUACUCAAGAACUUUUCAAGAUUGGAUGCUAUAAUAUUCUGGACAAUUUUGUCUGCUACUGUGCUUCUUUUUUUUUUUGCAUUGGGGAUGUGGCAUUGUCCCAGCACAUUUGUUGUAUUCACCACAUCUCUGUUGGCAUUAUAACAGCAUCUCAUGACUAGCUUUGAAGUAAAAUAUAUAAUUGAAAUAGUAUAUUGUGACUUGAUUUCUCUGUACUUCUAUAUUAUUGCUGGCGAGUGGCAGACUGCUUUUCUGUGGCUGUGGUGUGUCGGAAGUAAGUGACGUAUACGGAAAAUAUGCUGCUCUCGCGAGACCGUUGUACAGACGUGGGAUUUUGAUAUCAAGGGUUGAGCCCGUGGGGUAUAAAAGGAGUUCCUGAAUAUGAGUGAUGACAAACCUUUCUUAUGCGCUGCUCCUGGGUGUGGUCAGCGAUUUACAAACGAAGACCACUUGGCUGUCCACAAACAUAAACAUGAGAUGACACUCAAGUUUGGUCCAGCAAGGGACAACAGUGUCAUCGUUGCUGACCAAACACCAACACCUACACGCUUUCUGAAGAAUUGUGAGGAAGUGGGACUCUUCAAUGAGCUUACCAGUCCAUUUGAGCAUGACUUCAAAAAAGCUACUGAGGAUGACCUCAAAAAGAUGCCCUUGGAUCUGUCGCCUCUUGCCACACCAAUGAUCAUACAAAAUAAAAUUGAGGACCACUCAGCUGUGGAGGCACAUCGGGGCAGCCCUCUGCCCCAUCCGGAAUCUACAACAAGUGACGACAAGGAGGUAUCUUUGCAGCCGACCUCACUGCCAACCUCUACUAUAGUCCAUCCUGCAUCCCUCCAAGUCCCAAAUGUACUCCUAGCAACCUCAGACGCUAGUGUUGUUAUACAGCAAGCUCUCCCAUCGCCAACAUCUAGCUCUGUAAUUACCCAAGUCCCAUCCUCUAAUAGACCAAUAGUUCCAGUCUCUGGAACUUUUCCUGUACUCUUUCAGCUGCCUAAUGGACAAACCAUGCCCAUCGCAAUCCCAGCAACCAUUGCAUCUAGUGUACAUAUUCCAACCGCAAUUCCUCUUGUCAGACCCGUCACCGUAGUGCCUAACGUCCCUGGGAUCCCUGGACCGCCCUCGCCUCAAGCCGUCCAAUCAGAAGCUAAGCUGAAGCUGAAGGCAGUGCUAAGCCAGCAGCUCCCUCAGGUAACCAAUGGAGAUUCGGGUGAUGUCCAGAGCAGUGCUGUGACCCACAAUGCAGCCCCGGCCCUGGUCCCUUCCCCAUCUCUGUCUCCUGGCCCUCCCCUGGCCCCGCCUGAGGAACCCUGCCCCCAGACCCUCCAGCAGCCUGCCACCUCCACCACUGAGACGCCUGCGACUAAGGCGCACCCUGCCCAGCACACAGGGGGCCGGCGGCGCAGAGCCACCAGCGAGGACCCGGACGAGAAGAGGCGUAAGUUCCUGGAACGCAACCGAGCUGCGGCGUCCCGCUGCAGACAGAAGAGGAAGGUCUGGGUGUCUUCGCUGGAGAAGAAGGCUGAGGACCUCAACUCUAUGAACGGACAACUACAGAGUGAAGUCACCCUGCUGAGAAAUGAAGUGGCUCGGCUGAAGCAGCUUCUUCUGGCUCAUAAAGAUUGCCCUGUAACCGCCAUGCAGAAGAAAUCUGCCUAUCACACAUCUGAGAAGGAAGACAGCUGUGAGGAGAUGUCAGUCCCAGGCAGCCCCCAGAACGAGGCCAUCCAGCACAGCUCCGUCAGCACCUCCAACGGAGUCAGCUCCUCCUCCAUGACCCCUGCUGCCUCCGCCCCUGCCACAGCAGACCAGAGCACAGAGGAUGGCCAGGCACAGCGUGGCGCUGCCCUGUCCACCAUCCAGACUCAGCCCUCAGGAAGCUGAUCAGCCCCACCGCACCGAAGGCAGUGGCCCAGCCUCGCUGCUGCCUCUGUAGGGGAAAGGAACUCUCACUCAGCUUCGGUUUGGACUAUACUGUAUUUGCUCAUUGUUUGGUUUCUGUUUCUUUCGAUUUUCUUGGAAUGCAAUGUAAUGGUUUGUUGGAAAUUGGUAAAGAUGCAAAAGAAGGCCCUUUACGAAUGGUUCGAAGAUGGAAAUGAUUGUCUUAUUUCCACCUUGUUUUCUAGUCCUUCUGAUUUAUUUAUUUAACUGUACACAUGUCCUUUUUGUUUUGGACCUCUGUGAACUUUGAAGUUGUAAUGAUUUGAAUCAGUGCAUUGUCAAUGAGACCUUACCAAAGUGUGUUGUGGCUCACUUGGAAUGUAUUUGUUUUUAAUGGCCUUUUAUAUCCUUAUUUUAUGGUGAGAAGACGUAAGGAGCAGACACUUUCAUUGUUUUGCCUUUUUCAUUUUGCACAUAACAGAUGAAGGGUUUAACUUUUUAGUGUUUUUUGAUUGUUCCAAUAAGAUGUACUGGCAGCUUUUUAAGGUAGAUUUUAAUACCUGUCUCGUUACAAAACUUCAACGGUUGAAUCAGAUUUGAACUGACAACGUUUAUGUGAGUGAUUUUAGUUUGGCUACGUCUGCCGGUAGCAUGAUGUGGUUUAAAUGUUCAGAGUUGCCUGCACUUGUAAAAUAGGAGCUUGGGUCGAAUUCUAUGUGCGUUCUUUGACCAACAUUCCAUUUGUAGUUUGAUUGUUUCAUGAACCAGUGAUUGUAGGAUUGCAGUACAUUUUACAUUACAUAAACAUGUUGACUCAACCAUGUGCCAUUAAUUUUAUCACACAGAUUGAUUUGUCAUUAGAAUUAUGGGUGUUUCCAUGUACGUAAUUUCUUGGUAUAGGAGAUCCGUUUCUUCUGAAUAAUGUUUCUGCUUACUAAGUGACUUGUCCAUUGCUUUGAUGUUUGACUCUGAACCCUUGAGGAAAUAUUCAUGUUACUUAAGAAUAUGACAUUUUUAGGAAACAUUGUAAAUAACAUCAUUACUGACACAUUGUGGUUUUUCCAGAUGUCAUACUUUUUAAAAACGUGUUAGAGUCCUAAUAAGUUUUAUUUGUAUUAAAUAAAUAUCAACUUGAGGAACCUUUACUGGCCUCCAACCUAAAACGAAGGCUCUGUUUGCCUUGCAUAGUAGUACAAUAACUUUGAAAACACUAAUAGUCACAUACUGCGCCAGAAACUUAAUGAGGAAUCAAUGAUGUAUGUGUAUAUGUUGAUCUUAUACUGCUUUUAAGGCUAGUGACGUUUUAGAAAAUAGUUGUAGUUGGCAAAUCAUACAAUUAUUAUUUUGUAUCAAAUUGCCUUUUCUCUUUAAACGUAUUGGCUUACUACUGUGUAGUUUAACGAGACACUACUACAUUUAGUUUCAGACCUCAUUUGUUCCUUUUUAAUUUAACCAGGUUUUUUUGUACUGUCACUUAUGUGCUCUCAGCAUGAUUUCAAUAAUUCUCUGAGAGAAUUAAACUGAUAUUUAAUAAUGUCUCAGUCAAAUAAGUAACAUUGAACAUGUUUCACCUUGAGUUAUAACUAGCUGGUCUUAAGUUUAUGAAAGGUUUUGUCAAUUAUUUUACCCCGGCUUAGCUGCUUAAACGGGGUGUGAUAUUGUGUUGACAGUAAACUUGUAACUUGUGAAAGUUAUGUAUAAAGUACAGUAUCCUAAAUUAAUAAGACUUAAUAAAUCUUUUAUCUCUUUAAAUCCA